UCCUUUUCUCUCACUUUCAUUCUCAUUAAAAAUUAAAUAAAUUUAAAAAAGAAAAGAAAAAAAGAGUAGAAACCCCUAUCAUCUCUCCCAUGGAAAAAGUUGAAGCUACGAAUCCGACAGCUGAACAACCAAACCAAGAUUCGGCGGCGACGGCGGAGGCGGAGGAGGAGUUGAUGACGGCCCACCAUCUAACAGUUCCAUCAGGGUUGAGCCAGGAAGAGUUCGAGGAUCUAAAGCCCGUGGUCACUGAGUUCCACAACUACGGGGUCAACUCAGGCCAAUGCUCUUCCCUACUGGCGCAAAUCGUCAACGCGCCGGCGAAAGAGGUCUGGUCGAUUGUGCGACGGUUCGACAAGCCACAGACGUACAAGCACUUCAUCAAGAGCUGCAGCGUCAGGGAGGGCUUCAGCUUGAAGGUCGGGGACCUGAGGGACGUCAGCGUCAUCUCGGGGUUGCCGGCGGCCACUAGCACCGAGAGGCUCGACAUACUGGACGACGAGCGGCGCGUGACGGGCUUCAGCAUCAUCGGCGGGGACCAUAGGCUGAGGAAUUACAGGUCUGUGACCACCGUGCAGACCGUCGUCUUGGAAUCGUAUGUGGUGGAUGUGCCGGAGGGGAACACGGAGGAGGACACGCGCCUCUUUGCUGAUACUGUUGUGAAGCUGAAUCUACAGAAGCUGGCUUCCGUUGCCGAAGCCAUGGGGAGUGAUUAACAGGUGCCAAUCUGCGUCGAUACGCGAUUUACGGGAUAUUUGAUGCAGACUCAUGUUUCAA